UAUAGGUAUAUUUAUGAUUAUUUACUAGUUAACUAUCUGGUCACUUUUUGGAUUACAACGCUCUACGCCACCAAUCCUCCACCAUGGACAAACUACAGACUGUCGUGAUCGAUCCCCUCAAGCCGUAUCUCUCUCCCAUCACCGCCAGUCUCCCCGCGCCCGUCCACGAUGCCAUCAUCUCCCUGAUCGGAUCGCCAUGCCACAGCGCGCUCGUCCUCGACCUCGACGUGACGGCCGACCCAGAAUGCACGUCCCUCGCCAUCUCCAAGGCCCUCGGGGUGGCAAUCGUCUCUGCCAGUGCCAUCGUCAAGGUCCCCCAGAUCCUCAAGUUGAUUGAGUCGGGCUCUUCCGCCGGUGUCUCAUUCGUCUCCUACGCUCUCGAAACGGCCAGUCUGCUCAUCACGCUGUCCUACAGCGUGCGCCAGAACUUCCCCUUCAGCACCUUUGGCGAAACGGCUUUGAUCAUGAUCCAGGAUGUCGUGGUGGGUGUGCUGGUUCUGAUCUUUGGUGGAAAGUCCCCCGCCGCGGCUGCUUUCAUCGCAGUCGUUGCGGCCAGUGUGUAUGCGUUGCUCUUCAACCAGACGCUAGUCGAUGCGCAGACCAUGGCGUAUCUCCAGGCCGGUGCUGGAGCUCUGGGUGUUGCCAGUAAGGUGCCGCAGAUCUACACCAUUUGGCGUGAGGGUGGUACCGGACAGUUGAGCGCAUUUGCGGUCUUCAACUACCUCCUCGGUUCGCUCUCGCGCAUCUUCACCACUCUCCAGGAAGUCGACGACAAGCUUAUCCUCUACGGCUUCGUUGCCGGUUUCACUCUGAACCUGAUCCUUGCAGGGCAGAUGCUGUACUACUGGAAGAGCCCUGCUAAGCCCAAGGGAGCGGCGAAGAAGUCCGAGAAGACCGCAGAGAAGGUCCCUGUGGCGCAGAGCAGUGGUGUCUCCCCGAAGACGUCUGGCAAGACCCCUACCACUCGUCGGAGGGGCUAGAUGUUCGUUUGGGGAGUUUCAUUAUUUUAUCAUUUAUUUAAUCUCAACUAUUUUGCUUAGCAAGGGACU